AUGGAAGAAGAAGCAAGAGUGCAAGUUUGGGAAGGGUAUGCAGAUUGGAGGAACAGACCAGCAAUCAAAGGACAUCAUGGUGGAAUGCUUGCUGCAUCCUUUGUUUUGGCUGUGGAGGUAUUGGAGAAUCUAGCAUAUCUUGCAAAUGCAAGCAACCUUGUUUUAUACCUUUCCAAGUUUAUGCACUUCUCACCUUCCACCUCUGCCAACAUUGUCACCAACUUCAUGGGAACAGCUUUCCUACUUGCUAUUCUUGGUGGAUUUCUGGCUGAUGCUUUUUUCACUACUUAUUCCAUCUACCUUAUAAGUGCUGCUAUAGAAUUCAUGGGACUACUAAUGCUUACAAUACAAGCUCACAUGCCACCACUCAAACCACCAAACUGUGUUAAGGGAUUGGGAAGCACAAACAGUUUAUGCCAGACAGUUCAAGGUGUCAAAGAAGCUAUGCUAUUUGCAGGCCUCUAUCUUGUGGCCCUUGGAGUUGGUGGAAUAAAAGGUUCACUUCCUCCUCAUGGAGCUGAGCAGUUUGAUGAAACUACUGCUGAAGGAAGGAAGAAAAGAUCUGAGUUUUUUAACUACUUUGUCUUCAGCCUGUCAUGUGGUGCAUUGUUUGCAGUUACUUUUGUGGUUUGGAUUGAAGACAACAAAGGAUGGCAGUGGGGUUUAGGUGUUUCAACUGCAUCAAUAUUGCUCUCCAUUCCGGUUUUUGUUCUUGGUUCGCACAAGUAUAGAACCAAGACUCCGGCCGGAAGCCCUAUCACACCCAUGUUCAAGGUUCUUGUGGCAGCAAUUUGCAACAACUACAAAUCCAAAAAUUCAUCAGCCAACGCUAUCACCAGCAUGCCAACAACUCCAUCCGACGACACAAUUGUAAAAGGAGAUCAAGAACAAACCAACAAUAGAAAAGAAGUGAUGAUGACAGAUCAAACACCAAUAACACAAAGCCUAAAAUGCCUCAACAAAGCAGUAAUGAAACCAGUUCACCCAAAAUUAAAAUGCACGGUAAAAGAACUAGAAGAAGUGAAAACUGUAUUAAAAAUCCUUCCCAUAUUCAUGUCAACCAUAAUGCUAAACUGUUGUUUAGCUCAAUUAUCAACAUUUUCAGUUCAACAAUCAUCCACAAUGAACACAAUGCUUGGCUCAUUCAAAGUCCCUCCUGCUUCGCUACCCGUAUUCCCUGUCCUCUUCAUCAUGAUCCUUGCACCACUCUACAACCAUGUCAUUGUUCCAUUUGCUAGAAAAACAACCAAAACUGAAAUGGGAAUAACACACCUACAAAGAAUAGGGACAGGUCUAUUUCUAUCAAUCAUAGCUAUGGCUGUUGCAGCAUUAGUAGAAACCAAAAGAAAGAAAACAGCUUCGAAUUCCGGGUUGUUAGACUCAACAAAACCACUUCCAAUAACAUUUUUAUGGGUGGCUUUACAAUAUCUUUUUUUAGGUUCAGCUGAUCUUUUUACAUUGGCUGGUAUGAUGGAGUUUUUCUUCACAGAGGCACCAUGGAGUAUGCGGUCUUUGGCAACAGCACUUUCAUGGACUUCGUUGGCUAUGGGGUAUUUUCUAAGCACUGUUCUUGUGUCUUUUGUUAAUAAGCUGAGUGGGGCAUUUGGACAAACACCUUGGCUGCUGGGUGAAAACUUGAAUCAUUAUCAUCUUGAGAGGUUCUAUUGGUUGAUGUGUGUGCUUAGUGGACUUAACUUUGUUCACUAUCUCUUUUGGGCCAAUUCAUACAAAUAUAGAUCUUCACCAAAUUAUGGAUACUAG